GUACUUAGUUAUUCUUGCCUUCACAGUGGUCUAGUUAUCUACGUGUAUUUUAGGAAUAUCUUUUGCCCCAUAUAAUAGUCCAAUGAUGACUAAAUUACAAUAUCUGAAUGUGUAUCUAACUGAGCGUUUGAUGCAAGCUGCGGAGGAGAUACUUGGAGUGGUCGGAGACACGAUCUCCGAGUACCAGGAAGAAAUAGCUCGGACGAAGAGAGAGAACCAAUACCUGAAACGCCACUUGAUCACACCGGUCCUACGUGCUCCUCAGCCCAUUGUCUCUUGGGUCUCGGAGCAGCAAACUCCCCCUGAGCAACAGCGCUGUGAGCAGGAGUGGAGCUCCAGUCUGGGGCAGGAGGACACAGAGCCCACACAGAUUAAAGAGGAACAGGGUGAACUCAGGACCCGUCAGGAGGUAGAGCAGAUUCAAGGGCCGGAGGCUGAUACCAAAGAAGACUCCAUAACCAUUCCUCUCUGUGUGAAAGGUGACUGUGAUCAGGAGCCACCUCAGUCCACACAUCUUCUCCAAACUGUGGAGAACAGAGAGAAGUACUCUCUACUGACCAACACAACUGGACAGAUCAAAACAGAACCUGAUGGAGAGGGCUAUGGAGUAUCACUAUCAGAACCAACCAGUGACUCCCCUCAGUCUCAGCCCCUCUCUGCAGUAAAUCCAGACUGUUCUAGAACACAGAGUGAGAACACUGAAAGUGUACCUGAUGUUCAGAGAGAUCCAGAAAGGAGACCAGAGGACGACACACAGACACACUCAUGUACUCAGUGUGGAGCCGUGUUCUGUGAGCUUUCCCAACUGAAGGCACACAUGCUAUCCCACACAGAACCACACAGUGGUGACACUAGUCACAGGCAAAUCCUUUGCACAGUCUGUUGGAAGUCAUUCACCUCUACCAGUUACCUCAAGGUCCACCUGUGUUCUCACAAUAAGGAGAAGCCCUUCCACUGUGGUGUGUGUGGCAAGAGUUUCAGCUACUCGGGCAGGUUCAGGGAGCAUCAACGCAUCCACACGGGAGAGAGACCAUACCGCUGCCACGUGUGUGGUAAACGCUUCAACCGGUCUACCCAUCUGAAGACCCACCUGAGGGUCCACACGGGGGAGAAACCCUACUCCUGUCCUGUCUGUGGAAAAGGGUUCAGUCAGUCCAGCCAGAUCAAAGGACACCUCAGAACUCACACCCGAGGAAGGUAGGAGAACGAUGCCUUGGAGUGGAAAGACCCCAUGAGGGGAUAGACGGAUUUCUGUUCUCACAGUGCCCAGCUUUUAGGAAGAGAAAUGGAAAGACAUUACUUCUCUUCAAUGCUACUAAUUCUACAUACACUACAUGGCAAAAUAUGUGGACACCCAUUCAAAUUAGUGGAUUUGGCUAUUUCAGCCAAUCCUGUUGCUGACAGGUGUAUAAAGUGUACUUUUAGUUGACUUUCAAAGUGACACCAUCAUAAGAUGCCACCUUUCCAACAAGUCCGUUUGUCAAAUUUUUAGAGCUGCCCCAGUCAACUGUAAGUGCUGUUAUUGUGAAAUGGAAAAGUAUAGGAGCAACAAUGGCUCAGCCGCAACGCGGUAGGCCAUACAAACUCACAGAACGGGACCGUUGAGUGCUGAAGCGCGUAGUGCGUAAAAACGCUUGUCCUUGGUUGCAACACUCACUACCAAGUUCCAAACUCUGGAUGCAACGUCAGCACAAGAACUGUUCGUCGAGAGCUUCUUCAUGAAAUGGGUUUCCAUGGCCGAGCAGCCGCACACAAGCCCAAGAUCACCAUGCACAAAGCCAAGAGUGGGCUGGACUGGUGUGAAGCUCGCCGCCAUUGGACUCUGGAGCAGUGGGAUCGUGUUCUCUAGCAUAAUGAAUCAUGCUUCACCAUCUGGCAGUCCAACAGACAAAUCUGAGUUUGGCAGAUGCCAGGAGAACGCUACCUGCCCGACUGCAUAGUGCCCACUGGAAAGUUUGGUGGAUGAUUCAUAAUGGUUUGGGGCUGUGGAAAGCCUCCCCAGCAGAUUGGAGUCUGUUAUAGCAGCAAAGGAGGACCAACUCCAUCUUAAUGCCCAAGAUUUUCGAAUUAGAUGUUCGACUAGCAGGUGUCCCCAUACUUUUGACAAUGUAGUGUAUUAUUGCAACACUAGAGGACUAUAGAAUGUAUGAUGUUUUGCAGACUAACUGAGGCACCUCAUGUCUGCAUUGAGUUAAGAGAGCUGCUCUAACACAAUGCUAUGAAAAGACUUGAAUGCAUCUCCUCAUGUAUCACGAGGUUACACUAACUAUGUUUCAAUUGGAGCUGGUUUGCCUCCUUGCAAACAAACUUUCUCUGUCAAAUUGAUUAAGCAUUUGUGGGAACAUUUACUUCUGAAUGUCUGAGAAAAACCCACAUCAGGUCAAUGUUAGCUGGAGUGACGAGUGGGACGAUUGUUACAGACAGCCCAUCCUCACCAAUGUUGUUAUAAAACCAUGUUUGAACACUA